GUUCUCUUCUCCGCGUCUUUCUUCGUCGUCGUCUCGCUUCCUCGGCCCUGGGCGUCGGGCGCCGGGCCGCUAUGAAACCUACAUAGUGGACCGUCAUGACGCUUCUCCUGUUGAACGUGUGAUGAGGAGCAGCGUUAGGCUUUGGAGUUCUCGGAUCCAGAGGAAUUCCCGAGGACUCGGAGCCCGGCCCUGACCACUAGAGAGCCCACACACAAUGAACAAACUGAACUUCCAUAACAACAGAGUCAUGCAAGACCGCCGGAGUGUGUGUAUUUUCCUUCCCAACGACGAAUCUCUGAACAUCAUCAUAAAUGUUAAAAUUUUGUGUCACCAGUUGCUGGUCCAGGUGUGUGACCUACUCAGGCUAAAGGACUGUCACCUCUUUGGACUCAGUGUUAUACAGAAUAAUGAGCACGUGUAUAUGGAAUUGUCACAAAAGCUUUAUAAGUAUUGUCCAAAAGAAUGGAAGAAAGAGGCCAGCAAGGUACGACAAUACGAAGUCACUUGGGGUAUUGACCAAUUUGGACCUCCUAUGAUCAUCCACUUCCGUGUGCAGUACUAUGUGGAAAACGGCAGACUGAUCAGUGACAGAGCAGCACGAUACUAUUAUUACUGGCACCUGAGAAAACAAGUUCUGCACUCGCAGUGUGUGCUCCGCGAGGAGGCCUACUUCCUGCUGGCAGCCUUCGCCCUGCAGGCUGACCUUGGGAACUUCAAAAGGAACAAGCACUAUGGAAAGUACUUUGAGCCGGAGGCUUACUUCCCUUCUUGGGUUGUUUCUAAGAGGGGGAAGGACUACAUCCUGAAGCACAUUCCAAACAUGCACAAAGAUCAGUUUGCACUGACUGCUUCCGAGGCUCAUCUUAAAUAUAUCAAAGAGGCCGUCCGACUGGAUGAUGUCGCCGUUCACUACUACAGAUUGUAUAAGGAUAAAAGGGAAAUUGAAGCUUCUCUGACUCUUGGACUGACCAUGAGAGGAAUACAGAUUUUCCAGAAUGUAGAUGAAGAGAAACAAUUACUUUAUGAUUUCCCCUGGACAAAUGUUGGAAAGUUGGUGUUUGUGGGUAAGAAAUUUGAGAUUUUGCCAGAUGGCUUGCCCUCUGCCAGGAAGCUCAUCUACUACACGGGGUGCCCCACGCGCUCCAGGCACCUCCUGCAGCUCCUGAGCGACAGCCAUCGCCUCUACAUGAACCUGCAGCCCGUCCUGCGCCACAUCCGGAAGCUGGAGGAGAAUGAAGAGAAGAAGCAGUACCGGGAGUCGUACAUCAGCGACAACCUGGACCUCGACAUGGACCAGCUGGAAAAGCGGUCCCGGGCCAGCGGCAGCAGCGCGGGCAGCGUGAAGCACAAGCGCCUGUCCCGUCACUCCACCGCCAGCCACAGCAGUUCCCACACCUCGGGCAUCGAGGCGGACACCAAGCCCCGGGACACGGGCCCGGAGGACAGCUACUCCGGCAGCGCCAUCCACCGCAAGCUCAAGACCUGCAGCUCCAUGACCAGCCACGGCAGCUCCCACACCUCGGGGGUGGAGAGCGGCGGCAAGGACCGGCUGGAGGAGGACCUGCAGGACGAUGAAAUAGAGAUGCUGGUUGAUGACCCCAGGGACCUGGAGCAGAUGAACGAAGAGUCUCUGGAGGUCAGCCCGGACAUGUGCGUCUACAUCACGGAGGACAUGCUCCUGUCGCGGAAGCUGGGUGGACACUCCGGGUUGAUUGUGAAAGAAAUCGGUUCUUCCACCUCCAGCUCCUCAGAAACAGUUGUCAAACUUCGUGGUCAGAGCACCGAUUCUCUUCCACAGACUAUAUGUCGAAAACCAAAGACUUCCACCGACCGACAUAGCCUGAGCCUUGACGACAUCAGACUUUACCAGAAGGACUUCUUGCGCAUCGCAGGUCUGUGUCAAGACACGGCUCAGAGUUACACCUUCGGGUGCGGCCAUGAACUGGACGAGGAAGGUCUCUACUGCAGCAGCUGCUUGGCUCAGCAGUGUGUCAACAUCCAAGAUGCGUUUCCAGUCAAAAGAACCAGCAAAUACUUCUCUCUGGAUCUCACUCACGAUGAAGUUCCAGAGUUUGUUGUAUAAAGUGUGUCUGCACGCGGCUGCACGGCGGCCUGCUGUUCGCAGAGGCUGUGGAAGCCAUGAGCUCUUUCUCGUUCCCUGUGCCAUAUUUUCUUCACCCAAACGCAGCUCUCUCUUUAUGAUACUUGCAAUGGAAAUAAAAGCCUUGGGACAGUCGCACUUUAUGUGUCACACAGAGGUCAAAGAGAAUGUACUACAAGACAAGUGCCUGGAAGUCCGUGGUCCUAUGGACGGAAAUGUGUUUCACUGGUUACCGCGCCUUCAGAACUUUGAACCGUGGUGUGUUUGGUCGUCGUUUUGGUCGGUCACACAUAACAUCACAUUCUUUUUUCAUGUGGAUGAUGUUGUUAGGCCUGUUUGCCUGUAAAUCUUUUUUAUCAGUCCCUCAUGAAAUGCUCAUGUGUUGAGGGAGGAGGGAGAAGAGAGUCUCUCUUCCUUACUAGAGGACCAUUGCCAUUGCCGCCUCACUGGGACUGUCCCAAAGUGAACCCUAGCAAAGCAGUCACAGCCGUGUGGUCCUAGCAAGCCAAAGAGAUGUACAUAAUGGAAGUGUAGCCCAGGGUGAUACCGGAAGGUGUGAACUAAGCAAUAACCGGAAGACGGUGCGUGCUGCGAGGCCCGGCCCCUCCCCCCAGCCAGUGCCAUGGCUCCCCGGCUCCUCCGGGAUUCUAGGGCUCAGCUGAGCUCCUCAUCCAAGCAACAGAUCGACUGUGUUCAUGUCAGUGUAUUUUGUGGAGUUUCCAACACUGUUUUCUGUUAACACUAUGGAGCUGUCUCAGAAAAUGUUUGUGCUUAGUGUUUUUUGUUUUGUUUUUUUGUAAUAAAUCAAGAACAAAUUAUGGUAAUGCUAGUUCCUGCUUAACCAAAAACACCCUAGCUAUAUGCAUAUGUUAUUAUACAUAUAUAAAUACAUAAGGUAGUAUGUGUUCGUGUGUGUUUAAAGCCUUCGUGACUAUCUUGUGUACAUGGUCAAUCUUGUGUGAUAUGGGGGAUGCGUCGUUGAAUGAAUGACACCUACAGACAAUCAGUUGACAUAGAUAGUUGAAAGUGACUAUUUUCUCACGUGUCUUGCCGUGAUUCUCGACCCUGGUUGCAUCAUAGAAUUAUUUGGGGAGGUUUAAAAAAAAAUGAUGUCUGAGUCCCACCUGCAUUGACUUGAAUGAGCCUCUUGUGAGACCCAGAUGGAAUUGCCUUUUCUUUUAAAGUUCUCUCAAUAGGGCUAAUAAGCAUUAGCGUUGAAAACCAGUGAUCAAGAGGAUGUCUUUGUUUAAAUUUUGAAGUAAAAGCAUACAGAAAAUGUUCGUGUUCGAGAAAGGGCCAUUUUUGAGACAAUUACUGCCACUACUGUAGGAAACCAUGUCAGGAGUGAACUUGCUAACCUGG